ACACACACACACACACACACACACACACACACACACACACACACUCAUAAACAGCAACAUCCUCUGCUGUAAGAGGAUGACGUUUGCUGUAAUACUGCAUUGCACUCUGGGGCCAGAAAAGUGAAAGAAGAGACGACUAGAAGAGGAUCAGAAGAGAAGAGGAGGGGAAGAAAACUACAAUCUGGUAGCAGCUCACCUCCAGGGGGAAACGGAAGUAGAAGAGCACGGAUUGAUGAACUGACCGAAAGAGAUAAUGACCAAUGUGAUAGAGCACAGCUAAACUGACAGUCUGUCUAAAGAGAUAUAACUGACGGACUGUUUAAAGAGAGAGAUAAAGACCAUAGUGAGAUGAGAGCAGAACUGAACAUGAACUCUUCCUCGUCCGAUGUGAACCAAAGCAGCUCUCCUUUCUGCCUGCUGGGCCUGGGCUACUCCCAUACCCUCAACACUUGCGUUGUGGAGGCGGCCGUCAUUCUCUUCCUCACUAUCCUCAUCAUCAGCGGCAACCUGAUGGUGAUCUUCGUGUUCCACUGUGCUCCGCUGCUCCACCACCACACCACCGGCCACUUCAUCCAGACCAUGGCCUAUGCAGACCUCCUGGUGGGGGUGAGCUGCCUGGUGCCCUCCCUGUCCCUGCUCCACUACCUCAAGGGGUUGGACGAGGAGCUCACCUGUCAGGUGUUCGGCUACCUGGUGUCUGUGCUGAAGAGCGUGUCCAUGGUGUCUCUUGCUUGUAUUAGUAUUGACCGCUACAUCGCCGUCACACAGCCGUUCUCCUACGCCACACUCGUCACACCAUGCCGCCUGCGCGUCUGCAUUUGCCUCAUCUGGCUCUACUCCGCCCUCAUUUUCCUGCCCUCCUUCCUUGGCUGGGGGAAGCCCGGCUACCAUGGGGACAUAUUUCGCUGGUGUGCGACCUCGUGGCAGACCGAUCCGGGCUUCAGCUCAUUCAUCGCGGCUGUGCUGUAUGCGCCGGCCGCCCUGACUGUGUGCUUCACCUAUGGGAGUAUCUUCCUUAUCUGCCGUCAACACACCAGGGAGAUCACCCAGCGCCACGCACGCUUCGGCCCCCAGGGGAACGAGAGGGGCGAGCGUGGUGAAGGGUGCCCGGAUAAACGCUAUGCCAUGGUGCUGUUCCGAAUCACCAGUGUGUUCUACGUGCUCUGGAUGCCCUACAUCCUUUACUUCCUGCUGGAGAGCGCCGGACUCUACCGCCACCUGGUGGCCUCAUUCCUCACCACAUGGCUAGCCAUCAGCAACAGCUUCUGCAACUGCCUCAUCUAUAGUCUCUCCAACAGCGUGUUCCGGAAGGGCCUGGGCCGCCUGUUCAGGCAACUCUGCUCCCCCUGUCAGGGACUGGGAUGCUGCAUGGAGGGGAAGAAGGGUCCCGCUCUACCCAGGCCGCGCCCAGCCCCAGCCUGCCAUGUGUAACAAUCUCCUACAGACACUGUCUAGUUGGUUAGCUACCCACUGGGCACAGAUGUCAGUUCAACAUCUAAUCCAUAUUGGUUCAAAGUCAUUUCAUUUAAAUGACGUGGAAACAAUGUUGAUUCAACCUGUUGUGCCCAGUGGGUACAGUAAGCUUUGGCCUUGGCUUCAGCCCCUGGUGAGUGCAGUGUAUUACUACUACAUUGCAUGUGACAGGUUGUAUUUCUACAGUAGUAGUACAUAGAGCUCCCUAUGGCCAGGUCAGAGGGGUGGUUUGCAGGCAGGAGCUGGAGGGGUCUUCUUCUGGAGUGUUCUCCCAAGCGGGGAUGCCGAUUUCUGGCUGGGUGGAUCACCACCACGUGUGGAGGGGAAGGUUUGGGGUUGUAUAUAUGGAUAUCAGAAUGGAGCUGAGGAGAAGAAAAAGGCACACAGUUCUCUGUGGGUUUUGAAGAGGAUCAACUCCAAUUUUACAGCUUUGGUGCCGAGUUUAGGUGUGCCUGUGAACCUAAUAUCUUCCCAAUGCAAAAAAAGGACAAUAUCACCACAACACGACUUGUACUGCGUAAACCACUGUAGUGCAAAAAGUUAUUUCAACAUUGAUUCAAGACUGUUUAAUCGUCUUUGUUCUUUCAGGGUAGACAUUAGUGAUGCAAAAAAGUAUUUUAGAAACAUAAAAGCACUUGAAAUAUACUGUUUUUCUUCUCUUAUAUUGCGACAAAUAGUUUACAUUUUGUAGCAGUCAGAUAAUGUGAUGAUGAUAUUGUGCACUACAGUAGGCUGUAGCAUACAGAGAGGACGAGUGGUGUGAAAAGGACUGGGAACAUUUGGUUUCCUAGAAAAAAAUACUUGAGGUUUAUUCCGUAGCUUAUUUGUAUUUCAUGCAAGGGAUUCUUCUCUUUUGAAGUUGGGUGUUAGAAGUGAGAGCCAAGAAUGUUUAUGAAGUGUUGAGUUUCAUACAGGAAUGUUGAUGUAUGCAUUAGCCAAUUUUUGCAAGAUGGCAUUCUGGUUUAUCAUGGACCACCGAUUCAUUCUGAAUUCUCAGCAAGGAGAUACGUUGAUUUAUUUGAGUAUUUUAUUCUCUGUCCAUGUUUCCUGAGGUCGAACAUCAGUUGUUAGUUUACCCUCAAUGGCUGAUGCAUUUAGACUGGUCUUGAGGCUACAAAUGCACAAUUUACUCAUCAUAAUCUGACAGCAAUAACAUAAGUAAGAUUCUCUUAUAGAUUGGAAUUGCAGCAUGUUAAGCAUACUACCGAACAAGAUGCACAACACACAGAGAGACACAGUCAUUACUGUGUGUGUGGCCUUACUGUUGAGCUGUUCUCUCACUCUGUGCCCUUUGGCUCCUGUUAGCUGUACAGAUGAGCUGAGUGGCAGAGCAGCACGUGUACAGUAGGCUACCAGAGAGCCAGAUUGUCUUUCUAGAAGUCAGAGGGGUCAUUAAGACAAUAUGUUUCUAAGGGUUUCAUGCAAAGUAGGUUUAUAUGGAUCUACCGUGGGUCUCGAAAGCUUUUAUGGAAACAUACUUGUGAAUUGCUGAUAGGUUUUUAUGUGAACUAGGUUUAUGUGCAAAUAUAUGCAAAUAUAUGUAGGAUAGGAGACAAAGACCUUGGACAGUGUACACUUCACUGAAAGGUGAUUGUGCUGUAUGUACAGGAGUCUUCCUAUACGACAAGCCUAUACGUACACAGUCACAGACAAUCAGUCCCUCACACACUCAGUAGAGCAAGUAAGGAGAAUAUGAGAUGGGUCUGCACUGCAGCACUCUGCAUUCUUAUUCCCAAGGACAGCAUGACGGCAUCUUUGUACUAUAGUGUGUACACAGGUCUUGUAUACAACAUUUGUAUGUUUUUUUUGUUGUUUGAAAGAUCUGUUCAAGAAUAUUGGUUAACUGUGGUGACUGUUGAUAUCUUAGGAUAAUAUAGAUAUUUUAUUUUUUUAUUUUCUUUACAAUAUUCUUUUUCAGAAAUUGUCUAUGCAUGAUGGUAUUUCAGCCAGUGAGAGUUGGGUGAGAUGAUCAAUACUCAUUUUUAGGAGGAUGCCACUGAAUGCAGUUACUUUUUCGGCUAUAGCCUACACAAUUUCCUUAACAUUAUAACCAUUGAUGAUGGUGUGUAAAUAGCAUAUUAUAUUUCCUUUAGGUCAUAUUCUAGUUUUCAGAAAUUCCACCUUUCUGGGAAAGACCUUAGUAGUUCAAGAGAACAGAUAUAUUUUUGUAUGGGUCUCUAUGUCAGAAACUUUUUAAAGAGUGUGAAUUUAUUCAGAUUUAGGAAUAUUUUGAGAGGUUUUUCUUCACACUGUUUUUCCUCCGAGGGGCUGCUUGUAAAAGGGCUUGUUUCCCUCACCAGUCUCCACAUGCUGCUGUCUGUCUGUGCAAUAGACGUUUCUGUCCCCUCCCAACUCUUCUCAAGACAAUGAAAACAUACCAGCAGUGCUAUUACAAAAGGGCUUUCGUCGUUAUCUGACACAAGCCCGUUGGUCAACUGAAUUAUGUACAUGUGGUAUUUGAUAUCUACCGGUAUCUGAUUGAAGAGUAGUUGUCCUUUAUUUGGCCCACAUGACUGUUCUAGAAUGUGAGAGGGAAGUGUCUGUUCUGUUGCGCUCACAUGACUAUAAACGAGAGUCUUGGUUUUAUUUGGAGAUAACAUGAAAGCCCUUCAAUGGGAGAGUGCAGUACUCAAUGUACUUUA